UCAGGUACACCUGACAGUUCACGCUGAGCACGAAGCUGCCAUUCAAAGACAACUCCCAUUUUGUUUGAUUUUCAGCUAAUGCCCUGCAAGCAGUAGUUAUAAUGGACCAAGGAGGACCUUUGCCCGUGGACAUUCAGGCCAAGCAAGAAUCAAGCAGUCCUGCAGGAACCGAGUCGUUGGUGGAAACCACCACCACCAACACCACGGUAUCAACACCGGCGACAGACGAACAACCAAAGACCACCCCAGACCCCAUGCCAAAAGAUGCUCAAGACAAUGUCACUUCCUGCGAUUUGUCCACUUCGCUCCAGUUGCCGGCAUCGUCGAAUGAUGCCAGCCUUAGUGGCCUCAAUUUGACCGCCGCUCAACUUCAGCAGAUCAGCGCCGUUCAGGCCCAAGCGCUUGCCCAAGCUGCGGCCGCAGCCAUGGCGGCCAACGGUGGCGAUUACAGCCAACUGUUUGCCAACUUGGAUCCCCACACAGCCGCACUGACAGCAUCGUUGAAUUCAGACCAGAAUUCCGUCGCCAUAGCGUCCGAUAAUCAAAAUAGUGGAUCCACCCAUCAUCCUACGCAUAUUACCGCGGAGAUGUUACAUCGAGAAAUGAUGAAUCAAAAGGUGCGUGCGGAAAAUCGAGAGCGUAAGAAGAGAUGGAGAGAGCAAAACGAGGAACGAAACAAAGAUAACGAUCUGCGUUGUCGUGUGAAUAAGCGUGCUCAGAAAUUAUUCGGCGUGGAGGACAGCGAACAUAAAAAGCGGUGGAUCGAGGAAGAGUUUAUCAAACGACGUCAGAAGCGAAUCGAUAAGGAGCGACGUAAACAUGCUGUGAACGGAGCGAUCGGAGGUCAUGACGACGUCAAUGGUCUGGAUCUUUCUACCCAUACCGAUCUGUCGCAAUCCCUCCACGAUACCAACUACUUGUCCAUGUUGUCCAGUAAUCUGGGCAACCUAUCUCCCACAUCGGCAGUCAAACUUAUCAACAGUAACCUUGCGGCGGCCAUGAAGGUCCAGGAAAAUUCGCAGCAGCUUUCCGAUCAGUUAAUCCAUUUUUUACAGCAACAGCACCAACAACAUCAGCAACAGCAACAACAACAGCAGCAUCAUAACCAUCAUCAACCCACAGAACGACAGCAUUCUUCAACCCAAGGAACAACCGAUCAUAUCCCCCUUGAGCCAUCCUACAGCAAUGCAUCUUCUUCAGAAUCAUCCAUCGCUACAGUCAUAGACGCCAAUCCCAUUGGCACCGAGCAAAAAUUAGCCGCACUUUUAAGUAGUACUGGGCAUGAUUCGGCGGCAGGUACGCCUCAUCAGUCAGAAGGAAGUCCAUCCCAUGAUGCAAGUAACACGUCCGAAAUCCAGAAUGUAGGACCUCCUCAGUCGAAUCCGCCAAAUAACCAACGAUCCGGCGACUAUCCCAUGGAAGCCGUAUUAACCUUGAUGCAGCUCAAUGCUGGAUGGCGCCAGUGAACCCCCCCAAAAAAAUGCAUGUGGCAUGAUAUAAUAAUUUUGAUUUUUGGCUUGUUAAUACAUUGUAUGUAAAUUUCAUGUUUUCCUCUUUUUUGUGUGUCUUCAAUUUUGCCUUGUCCC